ACCAGGUGGGGCCUGGGCUGAUUCCUCUGCGCUGCCGGGAGGCGGACGGAGCUGCAAAGCCGCGACGUUUCCGAUAGUAAACACAUCCACAGCGCGCUCCUUCGCGUGCCUUCCUGUCUCCUCUUUGUGUUUGGUCUCGGUCUCCCGGGAGCGGGGAAUGCAGCGUGUCUGACAGACGCCAACCCCGCACAACGGAGCAGAAAGCGGCUUUCUUCGGCCCUGAGCAGCAGAUCAGCUGGCGCUGCGAUUGCAGGACGUAAGAAGAUUGCGAGUUUAAAUUUAGCAUCAUCGGGAAAAGAGCGAGCUCUCCUCGCAACGCAUUUCGUGCUGUGUUUAGCCGGGGGGGCUCCCACGGACGGAAAGGCAGAGCCCCAAGGAUGCUGCUCUCACGGGGCUGCGGCGGUCCCUACCAAGCGGCUCCCCACGGCUUUCCCGCAGCGUUCGGACACGCGUGGAGCGACUCCGCCGUUCCCCCCCCCUCUCGCAGGCCGGCCCCGCUGCUGGCUCCGCCCGCCGUGAUGCGUUCGGGAGGCGUCUCCGCUGCCGCCGCUCCGCGGAGCCGAGCCGGGGCCGGGCCGAACCGAACCGAACCGCGCAACGAGGGUUGAAGCGGCGAAGCGAGGAGGGAGGAGAUCGAUGGGCGGCGAGAGACCCGGAGCGGCGAUUCGGCCUGCAGCGAUGGAUGCGUGAUCUGCGGAACGCCGUCCGUCCGCUUGCAGCACGGUGACGGGGGGACGCGCGCCUUGGCCCCAUCCGAGGGACACCCCGCAACCCGCCGACACCGCACGCGGAGCUGCUCGGAGGGCACCGGGACACGAAGGCAGUGCCAGCCGAACCGCGCCGCGAUGUCGCCGCUGGGUGAGCUGCGGGAAGGCCCCGCGCGUCCCUCCGGCGAGGCCGGGCUGGCCGCAGGGAGCGCUGAGUCCGCGCAUCCCCUGCCCUGAGCCGGCCCGGCAUCGCCUCCGUCCCUGGGAUGCUCAGCUCUGAGCGCAGCGCUACAGCCGAGCCGCUCCGACCCAGCGGGGUGUAUUUCGGGAGGAAGUUCUCACCUCUGAAGGUGCCCUUGGACAGAUGAGUGAGAAAGUAAUGAACGGGCGGGUGCCCCUGCCUGAAAAAGCCUUGUCCGAGGGCUACGCGAGGCUGCGGUACCGGGACACCUCACUGCUCAUCUGGCAGCAGCAGCAGCAGAAGUUGGAGUCGGCCCCCCCCAACACGUAUCUGAGCCGCAGCCGCAGCAUGUGGUACUCGCAGUACGGCAAUGAAGCCAUCCUGGUGCGGGACAAGAACAAGCUGGACGUCUCCAGGGACACGGGGCAGUCCAAGUUCUGUGCUAUCAUGUAAUUUUGUGUCAGAAAUCUGCACGUGGAUGCGAAGCAGGUUUGCACAACCACAGGGCUGCGGCCAAAGCAGCUUAAGGAUGGGUCUGAGCGGCAGCCGGAGGUUUCUGUUGCUUUGUGCUGUCGGUGGCAUCCCAUGUUGGGUUGGAAACUUGCUUGGGAUGUGAGAGCUGGCAGCGCCCAACUGGACCACGUGGAUGGAGCGUGUUGAGAACUCAGCCUUCCAAACACUUAGCAGGAAAGGCAUGCUGCAGUUUCCCAGCAAAUUGUCCUGUCUUGUGCCAGUUUGGUGCUAUAGAAACAAAUGACAGGUGGCACUUUUGGAGCCGAUGCAGCAGAGCCCCUCUGUAGGAAGAAAGCAGCACGCAGCUCCUGGAGAGUGCUGCCUGCAGGCAGAGGUGGGCUGCAGAAGGAAGCAGCCUGCUGAAGGUUGCUCAGCAUUUCAGUUUUGUUGCAUGUAGUCGCUUGGAUGGAUUUAUGUGCUAAUCCUGGUUGGAUGACAUCUCUCGCUGUAGUAGAUUUGGUGUGUACAUACUGUGUUUGGCAGUGUUUGAUUCAGCCAAUGGAAGGCAAGGUCAGGCUGAGAACCACAGAAUCACAGAAUGGCCAGGGUUGGAAGGGAUCUCAAGGAUCACGAAUCUCCAACCCCCUGCCACAUGCAGGGCCACCAACCUCUCCAUUUAAUAUUAGACCAGGCUGCCCAGGGCCCCAUCCAACCUGGCCUUGAGCACCUCUAGGGAUGGACAGGGCAUCCACAACCACUCUGGGCAGCCGUUCCAGCACCUCACCACUCUCAUAGUAAAGAACCCAACCCAGCAAACACCCAAACCUUUCUUAAAAACAAAGCAGCACCGUUUGCAGGGCUGUUAAUCGCGUGCCCAGCACUGCAGUGUAACACUGGGCUGAAGGCACAGCCCUGCCUGGACACCCCAUCCAGCAGUGCUGGGACACGGGUUCAGCUCCAGGCAAACCAGGACCCGGUGUUGACCUCCAGGUGGAUCAUUUACCUGCCUAAGUUCAGGUAUUUUGUUGUAUUUAUCUCAAACCUCUCCCUUUCAAGCACUUUAUUUUAACACAGUGAAGAAGAACCUUCUCCCCCCUCCCUGUGUGUGCUGAAUGCUGGAGCACAAAGGCACUGAGCAGCACACACCCUCGUUACCCUGAGACCAUACCCAGUGGAUGCACUGCAAACCACGGGCAGCUGUUUGUAAUGUAACUACUAAUGCAUGUGUGCGUGUUUGGUGCUGUGUGCGUGUGCUUGUAAAGCUAAACCUGCUGAGAUGGACCUCCGUGCUUCACCCACCUCUGUGUUGCUCCAUGCAGACGGUCCUCUUGAGCUCCACGGGACGAGCUGGGAAACGUUCUGAUCAUGUUUGCUCAACCUGGGAAGCAGAACUCAGCACGUGAGCUGGACUCAGGAAGCUGCUGGGUUGGGCAGAGCAGUGCCUGGGCUGCAGGAUGCGGUGGGUGCUCCUAGAAAUGGGCUCAUGCAGUGCCCAGGGAGCACCGACUGCAGUCUGAAGAUGAGGGAGAGCAACAGCACGUCCCCACCGCCCGCUGUUCCUUUGCUUUUCUUAUAGAAAAAAAACAAAACAAAACACAAAAAACCCCACAUAGAUUUAUUUUUUUAAUUUCUGUAAGAAAGAUGAUGAGGAUCUUGGGUAUAAUCAGUCCUUUUUUUUGUUCACGUGGCUGGGAACCAAAAUUCACUUUGAAGAGUCGAACUACUCGAGAGUGAAAACUUGAAGUGCGUGCCUACAUUGUUCCAGGAUACGACAGCAUGGAGAAGUGUGACUUGUCCCCUACCCCUCCGUCCCUGGGUGUGAGUGCAUUUUCCACAGCAGAGUCCCCAUUAGUCACAGUAGCUUCGUGGAGUGGCUGCUAUGAAGUGAGCGUUGCUGCAAGCAGUGGUGGUAGAUGCACUUGUUGAAAAUGCUGCUGUAGCCUCUUGGAUAAAGUGCAUUAAAAUGAUUUGAAUGCAUCGCUCUGUGCACGCUUCUUAAUUCUGCAUCUUUAGCACUGUGGCACGCAGAAGCUGCUGUCACUGCCAGUCAGCCCCAGCAGGGCACUGCAGUGCCUGCCCAUGGGGAGAAGCUGCUGGGGUGAAGGGGAAGUGCUGGAGAUCACUGAUGGAAGCAGUGAGCACAUAGAGGGUUGUAAAGGCAAGGAUGAAAAAGCAUUUCCUUUGGAGGAACGACUGUCAGCACAGAGCUGCGCUGAUACAACAGCAAAGCAAAACAGGUUUGCUGAAACCUUCGAGAUCAGAGCAUUUAAAGCCAGUGAGCAGGAACAGGGUUAGAGAAAGAUUAACCCUGCUGGCUCCUGGCUGCUGUGACCCCUUCAUAUAAAUAAGGCACACAUCCGAGAAAGCCAACGGAAAAAACCACCUCCAGCAACCAGAAUAGCUUUUGGCCACUGCACAGCAAUGCCAGGAACUCUGCCCUGAGUGCAAGCACUGCUGCAGCUCCUCCUUCCCCAAAUGCACCUCCUGUGACUUGGCUGCACCAGGGGGGAAGCUGGUAAGGAAACCCCCUCUGGUUCCUCCAGUUUUUGGGGGCUACAAAACAGCCAGCGUUAAACGUGGGUGAUGUUUUCAUCCUCUCCUAUUGCAGGUCAGCUUCCCUCCAUCAGAUGCAGCUCUGACAUGAACUGAGGAGGGCAAAACAUCAUCCAUCCCUUGGCUGCAUCAAAGCAGCCCAAAUCUCUCACCAAAGGAGAGGGGCAUUUUGCCCAUUGGGUGCUGAGCUGCCAUGCAGAGGAGCUGCAGGCCACACUGGCAGCCCAGCAUCUCCUGUGCCCUGCAGGCACUUCGCCCAUAAGUGCAGCACCAGCAGUGGGGCUGCAAACUGACAUCUCCAUGCUCACAGUGCAGUUUGUUUAUGCUCCUCUGUUAGCAGUGCUGUGCAGCUGAUCACUACAUCAAACCCUGCUGGCUUUCGGCUGGAGAAAUGCAACGAGGGGAGGCAGAGAGAGAGGAGAGGGGACAGAGGGUAACAAACCACACACACAGAGCUGUUUUUCUUUUUAUUAUGAAAACAAAACAGAUGCCCCAGGACCAGGGUCCAUUACCAGUAACAUCAAAGAUUACUUCCUAACUUCUGUCUUUUUAAAUUCUGUUGUGUUUGAGGCCAGCAAUUUGCAAUAAACAAGCUAAACUACUUACACUGACUUCUUUUUUUUCUCUCUCUUCAGUAACUGACAUUUACAGGAAUAUACUAGAAAUGGCACUAAAAAGUUUUAAGAAAGAGAGUUACGGUAAGUUUGCAUGCACAUCAUACAGAAAAGUAACAGCUUUUGUUUUUAAAUAUUAAAAAAAAACAAAAAAAAAAGGAAAAAAAAAUACAAACAGCAAAAUCAUUUUGGAUGGGUGAUGCCAGUAGCAGGGAUGAGCUCCCAGCGGCCUGUGCCGAACCCCAGAGCUGCUGGUUUAUUUCUUUCUUUUAAAAACGACCUUUAAAAAGAUAUGCAAAUACCAUUUCUUACUUAAAAAAAUGCAUCCCGUUGUUUGUUCUUUUUAUUUUCACAAGCAGAAAAUGCUGCUUGUGUAAGGAACCCUCGGCCCAGGUUUGCCUGCAGUUCAGCCCCAGUGGGAACUGCCCACGUGUUGGAAUAUACCUUAAAAUCCAGCACGAAAAAGGUGGUGAUUUCUCUUUGCUGUGCCCCAAUCCCUUCCCCCAAAGCUCCAACCCCAGCCUUAAAAAAACGUCGUUCCUUUCAAAGCAAAUUCACAACUGGUCUAAGAGCCCCCAAAACGAACUAAUGAGGUCACUGCAGUCUGCUUCUACCACACAGCACAUGGGAAGAGGCCUCCCUGCUACCUAACCUGCCCCUAUACACGCACACACCUGCCUGUGGAUGUGGGGUGAGCGCGUGCAUCUGCUGCAAACAAACAACAGAGCCCCAAACAUCAGCACUGCAGCCACAGACCCUGCAGGUAGGAAAGCUUCAAGGCGCAGCAGGACAAAACUGAUGAGGUUCAGUCAGCAGAAAGCUGCUCUACCCAACAGACGCCAGGGGACAAAGCAGGGCUGAGCCCUGGGGUGUUGGUGUGGGCCCACUGAGCCUGCAUGUGAUGGGCUGCCCAAAAACAGGCUGAGCUGACCAUCAGAGAAAGCUCAGCCAGGCUUUAAAGGCGCAGCGAUGCUGGUCGAUGGCUCUGCUCAACGUAGGAAUUUGUCAGCAAAACCAGCUUCACGUGUACCUAUGAAAUCACACUGAUUUCACAGACACCUCCCCUGGAAAACAACGCCGCAAAAAUCUCAGCUGUUUUUAUUCUGGAGCUUAAAAACGUUAUUUCAAAUAUUCUUUACACAUUUGAUCACUUCCAAGUGAUUUCAUGGCAUCCUACUGGCACGUCACGCCACGCCAACUCAAAUAAGUCUUCUAUCCUUUCCGUUUCCAACUCAAUUUAACAGCUGCUAGUUCUUAUGGACUGAAAACACCUCUUCUUUCCUGGAGAGGCUCUGAUCUGCAGGUACAGAAGCAUCACUAAUGGCACGUUGGGAGAUAACAAGUGCUACAAACAACAUGAAUCCUAAGAACAACAUUUUGCAGUGACCACUUGGUUUUUUCCUGAAACGAAGGUUGUGUCAGAAUGGAUUUCUCCUGCAAGCUGCCAUUUCGUGGGAAACACCUUCACUGCCAUGAAAGCUUUCCACUCAGUGGAAGCUGAAGCCACAGCCUGUUGGGUGCUGCCUGCACAGGAGCUGCUUCUGUCCACAGCAACCAUCACCUCCCAUCGAUGGUGCAGCUCCAGUCAAUGCACAUGGGGAAGGAUUUCAGCAGGGAGAACCAGGAGCCUGUUUGAUCCGUGCUGUCAUGGCACUGAAGUGGUUGCAAUUACUUCAAUUAAAAUACUGGUUAGUUUUGAUAAUGCACAUCUUAGGCAAAACGCAGGUGGAAACCAAGCCCAUUAUAAAAACAAACAACAAAGCUCUUAAUUAGGUGUAUAUUACAUCUCCUCAUAGUCCAUUCUGAAAAUAUAUUACUAAACAUUUGUCUAGGGGAAGGUUGUUUUUUGUAAGGGUGGAAUGGAAAAAAAAAAAUAUAUAUAGCAACUAAAAAUAACUUUAUUGUUAAUGGAAAAAUCAUUCAUUUCAGUAAGAAUCAGAGCACCCUACAGCUCACCUGAUCCCAACACGAAGGAAACUCCACCUGCAAAGACCUCCAGGGCUCCAACGGGCCCAGCACCCACUGACAGCACGGCCCAGGGCUGCUCUGAGCAGCAGAGCUUCUUCUGACUCUCAGCUGAAAACGGCAGCUCCUUUCUACAGCUUCAGAGAGCGUGCAAUGGUCACUGUGCAGAGACACAGAGCCACGCCAGCUGUGAGACCUGAACGGCAUCCAGUGGUAGCAGAGCCUCGUGGGUACAGCCAGCAAGACAGCAGUUGAUGGGCACAAAGUGACCGACAGCCACUCACCUACGUGAGAAAUAAACACUGGUGCAACCUGCACCACUGGAGACCUCAGCAGGGUGAGCUUUGGGGCUGAGCCACAGCAGAGAUGCAGCCAUAGGGGCUGGUAGUGGGAGAAGGAAAGGCGUAACUUUCUGUUAAACUCUGUAUAUUUUCUUUACAAUAAAAAGCUAAAAAGUUAAGAAUUUACAAUAAAUUUCUGCCCCUCAGAUUACAAACUUUAUAUAGUUACAGAACUGCUGUUUUCCUAAAACUGGAUUAUAAAAUGAAAAAUCAACACUGUUUCACACACACACACAAAAAAUAAAAAUGGAGAAGGGGAAAGACACGUGGAAAUAAUACAGACAAUAUAAGGUGUUCCAUUAAGAAAUUACAUCUACCUGCACGUCUUCAAAAUCUGUACAAAACAAGAAAGAAGGGGCUGGAUUGGAAAGAGAGAGGACAGAAAACAAAACCCAAAGUGAACACACAAGACAUGACAGAGCACCAGACACACAACAGGCUGGACCGUAGCACCUGGAGGUAUGAAGUCCAGCGUAUUUAAAUAACAUCUCUGUGUUCUUCUUCAUCUGGUUUGAACCAUAUUAGAAGUCUGCAUCAUUUCUGCUGGUCUUAUUACUUUUAGUGAGUUUUAAAUGACCAAUGUGUUUAAUAAAUAAAGUACUUAUAUAUACACGUGAGACAGAAAACGGAGUGUAUUGCAGCAGUGCAGGUGAAAACAUUAGGCUGACUUGUAAGAAAUUGCUAGCCUUAAAAAACUGCCUUCCCCUCAUCCUCACCCUUCCCUCCCUCCACCCCCCCCCCCCUUUUUUUUUUCCCUUAUAACUAUAAUUGAGGUAAACACUUCAGGAUCUGGAAACCUGCACCCUGCAUGACACAGAAGUAGCAUUCCCUUUCUAGGAGCUCAUUGCAGAUACAAAGAUAAAGGGUGGGAAAGAAACAAACGAAACCAAAACCAAGCAACAAAGCACACAACCAACAUCCCUCUCUGAGUCCCCUGCCAGCUCAGCCUCAGCUGGGGCUCGAGUGCUCUUUUAUUUUAAGCCCAGACUGAGGUGCUUGUCGUGGAGAAAGUACUUAAGCACGUGCCUAAUAGUGAGCACACGGCUGCUCUUGGUCACUGCAGGCAGCGCGCCUCGAGGCCCAGCUGUACCUGCAGCCAGGAGAUGCUUUCAGUUACAGCACAAGCUUUCAUAGAGAAUGCCAAUUCCCUGGAAAUUAUCCAUUUGAUGUUAAAAAUAACAUCCCCAAGAAACUUGGGUAUCUUUUGCUCCCUUCUUAUCGUUGUAUUCCCAAGGAAAAUGGAAAUUUGGAGUGCUAGAAAGCACACAUACCAGUAUUUCUAUUGCUCAUGUGCUGAGAAUUAAAUUCAUGCUUAAAUACCUUCCUCAACAGGUGCCUAUGCCUCCACCAACAGUAACAAAAAUGUUAGCAAUCCACAGCACGUUGGAUUUCUUCUUGUUUCUUCUUUUGUUUUUUU